AUGAAGAACAAGAUGUUCAUCCGAACACGCUUCAAUUACGAGAAGCUACCCGGCGCCGACAGCCAGACCGCAUCGCCUCUGUUCGGCACACCCACCUUCAAGUCCCUCAAACACAGAGCACCAUGGGUGGGCCGCCUGCAACGGCCGCGCCUCUCCUUCGCUCGCAUCCUCACCCUCGUCGUCGCAUCCCUCCUCAUCGCGUCCAUGAUCGGCACAAGCGUCUACAGGAGACAUAGAUGGAACGAGGACCGGAAUAGGCCAGACGAGCGAAAGCUCUACCAUUGGGAACAUUAUCCUCGGUUGACUGGUUUCUGGAACGGUGUGCGCACCUUGGUUCCCCACCGGGACUAUGUUUCAGAGCAAGAGUUUAUCCGAAAAUCGACUAGCAGCAAUCCCGAGGACAACAUCAAGCCAAAGUGGCCCACGAUGUCCAAGGAACACAAGGAGCCAACCGUCGACAUUGCUCCCUUCAACCCCUACCCCGACUGGAACUCGGCUGCCUACCUCAACAAGCACGAACGGGUCGAGACUUGCUACUUGAACGAGGAGACCAAGACCGAGUUGCCUGAUAUCUACGCUUACCAGGGCAUUCCCCAGAACCAGACCGAGCCCUUCUUCGGCUCCUACGAGGAGCUGGGCAUCAACGACAAAGUCUGCUUCGAACGUUACGGCCGCCUCGGUCCCUAUGGCUACUCGUACUCCCGCGAAGAGGGUGGUCUCGGCAUGUCCGAAAAGUCCGAGGCUGGUGGUGCCGACAAGAUCUGGAGCUGGGAGAAGAAGGUCGACUACCGUGACGUUGACUGGGGCACAGCACAGAAGAAGUGCCACGAGAAGAACAAGAUUCGUUUCCAGAAGAACGCCACGGCUGCCGAGAACGAUCCCACCGCCAAGGAGAAGGUCAAGCGCCAUGCCUACAUUCUCCGCACCUGGACCGGCUACAAGUACAGCGACUACCAGAUCCUGACCAUCCGUGCCAUGAUCAACGAGCUUGCUCUCAAGUCCGGUGGCGAGUACGACGUCUACUUCUUGCUCCACGUCAAGGAUGACAGCCUUCCCAUCUGGUCUUCGGAGGAGGUCUACCGCAAAACAAUUGAGGAUAACCUCCCCAAGGAGUUCUGGAACAUGGCCGUCCUCUGGUCGGAGCAGCAGAUGAGGAUGUACUACCCCGAGCCGUUCCCCAACAACGUCUACAACCACGCCAAGGCUCCCGUCCACUCCGUCUACCGCAGCGCCCACUUCGCCAUGCAGUGGUUCGCCCAGGCCCAUCCUGACUACGACUUCUACUGGAACUGGGAGAUGGAUCUCCGCCUCAGCGGUCACUACUGGGAGUUCAACAACCGCAUCGGUGAAUGGGCCAAGCGUCAGCCCCGCAAGGGUAUCUGGGAGCGUGCUUCUCGCUACUAUAUCCCAGAGCUCCAUGGAUCGUGGCACAAUUUCACCGAGAUGGUCGAGGAGGAGACAUACCACAGCGAUGAGAAGCCGGUCUGGGGUCCUCCCAAGUUCGAGAACUCUGGCAUGCUCGAUACCCUCCCCGAGGUCGAGCCUAAGACCUCGUACGUCCAGGACAACUACGAGUGGGGAGUUGGCGAAGAUGCCGACCUGAUCACCUUCAACCCCAUCUUCGACCCUGCCAAGACCAACUGGGUCUUCCGUGACGACGUCUCUGGCUACGACCUCGAGCUUCCCGAGCCACCCAGGCGAUGCGCCAUCAUCACCGUCUCGCGUCUAUCCAAGCGCCUCCUCGAUGCCAUGCACCGCGAGACCUACCUCAUGAAGCACCACAUGUUCCCCGAGAUGUGGCCGUCGACCGUCGCCUUCCACCACGGCCUCAAGGCUGUUUACGCACCCCACGCCGUCUACUUCGACCACAACUGGCCCCUCGGCGCCAUCGACGGCACCUUCAACCACCCUCCCAAACCCACCGACAGCGUCUUCGGCUGGGGUGAACACAACCAGCUCGGCAACAGCUUUUACUACAAUGCCGGGUUCUCGUCUGAGCUGUGGAGACGAUGGCUCGGUUCGCGGGAGAACAACCAGGGCGGUCCUGAGGCAGAGGAGAACGGCACCGGCCGCCUCUGCAUCCGGCCGACACUGUUCCAUCCAGUGAAAUACGAAAAGGGCGCGGAGUGA